CACCACUAUCUCCAACGCCCUCUACCGUCCGAUGCCACGAACAAUCACCGUAUAACCACCAUCGCCACCUUUUCCCUUCUGUCGCAAACGAUCAUUUGUCUCCGCCGGGUCUCCGCCGCGCCUGUUUUCCCCGGCGAUUGACGGCAUCUAAGGCUUUGGCCCCUUCGAUUUAAGAUUAGGGGUCAGUCUGUCUAAAUUUUGACAAUGAAUGAGCGAAGGACUAUUAUGUUCGACGAAGGAUGGGAAUUUUUGCAGGAGGGGAUUACGAAGUUGACAAGAAUUCUAGAAGGAUUGCCUACAAUAGAGUUCAGCUCCGAGGAGUACAUGAUUAUCUACGUUGCUGUAUACAACAUGUGCACGCAAAAACCCCCUCAUGAUUAUUCUCAAGAACUCUACAACAAAUACAGAGAGGUUUUUGAAGAGUACAUCAGUUCAAUGGUAUUGCCAUCAUUACGAGACAAACACGAUGAGGAUAUGUUGAGGGAACUUGUAAAAAGAUGGAAGAAUCAUGAAGUCAUGGUCAGAUGGAUGUCGCGCUUCUUCAAUUAUCUUGAUCGCUAUUUUAUUUCUAGGAGGAGCCUUCCUUCACUCAGCAAAGUUGGAUUAACUUGCUUCCACGAUCUGGUUUACCAAGAACUGAACGGUAGAGUCCGAGACAUCGUUCUCAAACUUAUCUACAGAGAAAGGGAGGGAGACCAAAUUGAGACAGCCUUAGUUCAGAGUGUUCUAGAGAUGCUUGUUCAAAUUGGAAUGGGAAUGUUGGAUUGUUAUGAAAAUGACUUUGAAGAUUACAUGCUUAAAGAAUCUGCGGCUUAUUAUUCUCAAAAAGCAUCAAACUGGAUUGCUGAAGAUUCUUGUCCUGUUUACAUGCGGAAGGUUGAGGAAUGCUUGAAAAAGGAGAGGGAUAGAGUGUCCCAGUAUCUACACUCGUGCACUGAACAAAAGCUGGUGGAGAAAGUACAAAAAGAGUUGUUGGUGGUACACGGAUGCCAGUUGCUUGAAAAGGAGCACUCUGGAUGCCAAGCAUUGCUUAAAGACAAUAAGGUGGAUGAUCUGUCUACAAUGCACCGGCUAUUCUCUAAAAUUCCUAACGGCUUGCAUCUGGUAGCUAAUAUAUUUAAACAGCAUGUUACUGCUGAAGUUACAGCCUUGGUUCAACAGGCUGAAGAUGCAGCAAGUAACAAAGCGAAGAGUACUUUUGGCCUACAGGUGCAGGUUUUUGUCCAAAAAGUUGUUGAGGUGCAUGAUAAACACAUGACAAUUGUGAAGGAUGGUUUUGCAAAUGACCCACUUUUUCACAAGGCCAGGAAAGUGGCUUUCAAGGUUUUCUGCAAUGAACAAGUUUUUGGCUGCUCAAGUGCAGAGCUGUUGGCUUUAUUCUGUGAUAAUUUUCUCAAGAAAAGCAGUAGAAGCAAUCUGACUGAUGAAGUUGUUGAGGACACACUUGAUAAGGUGGUAAACUUGCUUACUUGUUUUUCUGAUAAAGACCUUUUUGAUGAAUUCUGCAGGAGAAAGCUUUCUUAUCGCCUUCUUUUUGAUAAGAAUGCUAAUGAUGAUCAUGAAAGAUACAUCCUAACAAAGCUGAAGCAGCAAUUUGGUGCACAUUUCACGUCAAAGAUGGAGGGGAUGUUUAGGGAUUUAACAUUGUCAAGUGAAUGCAACAAUUAUUUUGAGGAUUAUCCUGACAAUGACCUGAAGGAAAAUCUGGGGAUUCGUUUGACUGUUGACAUACUUACUCCUGCAUCCUGGCCUAGCUAUGAACGCUUUGAUCUCAAUCUCCCUUCAGAGAUGGCAAAGUGUGUCGAGAUUUUUGAGCAAUUCUAUUCAACAAAAGAAAAACAUAGAAAACUCAAAUGGAUUUACUCAUUGGGUACCUGCACGGUAAAGAGUUAUUUUGAUUCAGAAACUAAGGAGCUGAUUGUCGGAACUUAUCAGGCUGCAGCUCUUUUGCUCUUUAAUUCUUCCGACAGAUUGAGUUAUUCAGAAUUGAAGACCAAAUUAAAUUUGGCCGAUGCUGAUCUGGUCAAACUGCUUCAGUCUCUGUCAUGUGCUAAAUACAAAAUUCUUAGGAAGGAGCCAAACACUGGAAUUGUCACUCUGAAUGAUACUUUUGUGUUUAACUCCGAGUUUGUUGAUAGAAUGAGAAAGAUCAAGAUUCUUCUCCAACCCGUCAACGAAUGUGUGGCUGAAGUAGUUGAAAAGGAUAGACGUUAUGCUAUUGAUGCCGCAAUUGUGCGCAUAAUGAAAAUUCGCAGGGUUUUGGGUCAUGAACUUUUAGUUAGGGAAUGUGUUGAGCAGUUAAGCGGCAUGUUCAAGCCUGACAUCAAGUUAAUCAAGAUUCGGAUUGAGGAUAUGAUGAAUCGGGAUUACUUGGAACGAGACCAGGAGAAUCCAAACUUGUAUCGGUAUGUGGCCUGAUUUUGACUUGUUGAUAUUGUUAUGAGCUGCCACUGCGCAAAUAUUUGUAAUGUAGCAAAAAGACUAAAGAUUAAAAUAGUGGGUAUAUGGUCAAUUGUUUUGUCACUA